CUAUAUGGUCAUCAUCAUCCUCAACUCUAUCUUCUGAUUUUCUUUUUCUUCUGCUAUUUGUGAGAAUAAAGAUUUGAUCUUUUUUCUUUAUAGGUUUUGUUUUGUUUUUCAUUUCAUGGCAUGCCAACUUUGCUUAUUAUUAACAAAACCUUUACAAAAAUACAAACUAACUCUAUAACUUGAAUCUUUACCAGAAAGUUUCCAUCCUUUUUAUUGAAAAACUGUUAGAGAAUCAACCUCAUCUGUUAAUGGCUAGAGAAUUCUGUGAAGAUAAGUCAAGAAACAUGGUACCAUCAUCAUCAUCAGGAGGAGGAGGAACUGGAUUUUGUUACUCAGAUGUUUCAUCUGGUAAUAACCCAACAAUCCAAACCCAUCUUGGUAACCAGAUCCAAGGGUUUGAUUCAAAUCCAGAGAUCUUCAACUUAACUACAGGCAUGGAGAUGAUAGGGUUUUCAAGAAAUCUACAACAACAAACUCACGACAGUAACUCAGCUGCUGCCUCUAUGUGGAAGAGUUUCUUUAACAAGCCAGGUCACAACAGCCACUCUGGCGGCGGUAGCGGUGGCGGCGGUUCUUGUUCUAAAGCAAUGAAUGAGUCAACAAGUGAUCAUUUUUAUCAGCAUGAGUUCAAUACAACUGGGAUGUCUGAAACAAGCAGUGAUCAUCAUCAGAAUCUAAUGAUUGGACCAGACUCGUCAUCAUCUCCAUGGCAAGAACAUAGAUUACUUGUGGAUGACUCAAACUUAAGAUGUGUGUUCCCAUGUGAAGGAAAUGAAAGACCAAGUCAAGGUCUUUCACUCUCUCUUUCUUCAGCUAAUCCUUCUACUAUUGGAUUACAGUCUUUUGAAUUAAGACACACAGCUCAUAAUCAAGAACAAGAACUCAGGUUUAUGAACUCAUCAUCUUCAAGAGAUGAUCAUAUUCAACACCACCAACAGAUGAUUCAAGAUGGGUUCUUAACAAAACCUGCAAAUUUAUUACAUCAUCAGCAGGGGCAGUUUCAGCUUAGGAACUCGAAAUAUUUGGGUCCUGCCCAAGAACUUCUGAUGGAGUUUUGUAGUCUUGGAACUAAACAAACUGAUCAGACAAGACCAAGACCCAAUAAAGCAAAACAGUGGGAUGAUGAAAAUGGAAGCUGUAGUAAUACUUCUUCAAGAAAACACUCGCUUUUCUCACUUGAAUUAUUGGAGUUGCAGAAGAGAAAAACUAAGCUACUCUCAAUGCUUGAAGAGGUGGAGAAAAGAUACAGACACUACUGCGAUCAAAUGAAAGCGGUGGUUUCAUCAUUUGAAGCAGUGGCUGGUUCAGGAGCUGCUAUGGUGUACUCGGCUUUAGCAUCGAAGGCUAUGUCGAGACAUUUCAGGUGUUUAAGAGAUGGAAUUGUGACUCAAAUUCUUGCUACCAAGAAAGCUAUGGGAGAAAAAGAUCCGAUUGCACCGGGUACGACUAAAGGAGAAACUCCAAGAUUAAAAGUUCUUGAUCAAACUUUAAGGCAACAACGAGCUCUUCAACAAAUGACUAUGAUGGAAACUCAUCCAUGGAGACCUCAACGAGGCUUACCCGAAAGAUCUGUUUCUGUUCUUCGAGCUUGGCUUUUCGAGCAUUUUCUUCACCCAUACCCAAGUGAUGUUGAUAAACAUAUUUUAGCCCGCCAAACAGGUCUCUCGAGAAGCCAGGUAUCGAAUUGGUUCAUUAAUGCAAGAGUUAGGCUUUGGAAGCCUAUGGUUGAAGAAAUGUAUAUAGAAGAAACAAAAGAUAGAGACAACAAUAUGGCUAAUUCUCCAGAAGGAUUUACUGAUCUUGAAGACAGUAAUAAUGGCCGGCCGAUUAAUCAGAAUCUUUCCUCAACGGAUCAGAAACCGACACCCGAUCAGCUCAUUCGUAUCGAUUCGGAAUGUCUUUCUUCAAUUAUCUCAAACCCUGAUAAAAAUAAUGACACUCCAAAAGCCACUAAAACAUUUCAAGUUCAUCACCAUUUACAAGAACACCAACAAAAUUUUGGAGCUUUUGGUGCAGUGGAAUUAGAUUUUUCAUCAUAUAAUCAUCACCAUGAAGGAGGUGGCGUUUCUUACGGUAAUGAUCAUCAGAAUUUCAACGGCGGUGGCGGUGGUAGUGGAGGUGGCGUGUCAUUGACGUUAGGGUUACAACAGCAUGGCGUGUCCCAGAGCUCUCUUUUUUACCCUAGAGAUCAUAUUGAUGAAUGUCAAACAGUUCAAUACUCACUUCUUGAUGGUGAAGGACAGAAUUUGCCUUACCGGAAUUUAAUGGGAGCUCAGUUGCUGCAUGACUUGGCUGGCUAAAACCCUAGCCGCCCAGCCGCCGGAACUCGGAAAGGUAGGUUUGGCUUACCAGAAAAAAUGGUGAUAGUUGGUGGUGGAUAAAUAUAGUUUAGACAUUGAUAAAUUAAUUAAUACUCUUCAUACAUAUAAUUAAAAUACAUACAUAAAGCUAUAGUUUAGCAAAUUUCCUUUUAAAUUGGCAAGAAAUAUCAAUCUCUAUUUUUAUUGCUAGGUUAA